UGCUUGCCUGACGAAUGACGAUCGUUUUCUACUUUGCGUGGUGCGUGUGUAAUGCGACUUUCUUUUGUGUAGUUAACUAGUUAUUUGACUGUACUGUUGUGAUGUAAUAAGGAAUUAAGGAUCUUCAUUUUUCGUUUUCCAAAUUCCAUUUCAUCGUUAUUGAAUCAUAUAUGUACAAGAUGUCCACAAUGACAGAGAUGCUGUGCAUGUUUUGCUUGCGAUCAGUGACAACCACGAGUCCUGUCUGUGAGCAAAAUGAUACAUUCCAAGAAAACGUCGCGAUCACCCGAUGCCGUCACUUAAUGCAUAUGAGCUGCUUCGUUUAUGCACAUCCUUCAGAUCCGGUAACUUGUCGACACCCGAAAUGUGGUAAAGUUAUAAACUGUAAUCAAGUAGAUGUAGUCGAAGCCAUUCUUCAAGAUCGCAUUAUAGUCAAGUCAGAGGAAAAGACGUGUAACCCCGUUGAAGAAGUAACAACACGUCUCAAUGAAGCUACGUGUAAUCUUGUCGAAGUAUUAACAACCCGUCUGAAGGUAGCUGAGGACAAGAUAGCUCAAGUCGAAGCUAAUUCUAAUCGCAACGCAGAACUAGUGAUGGAAGCAGAUAAACGCGCUAGUGAAGCUAAAGCAGCUGAGCUAGAUGCUAAGAAACGUUACGACGCAGCUAAGGAGAAGAUAGCUCAACUCGAAGCUAAUUCUAAUCGCAACGCAGAACUAGUGAUGGAAGCAGAUAAACGCGCCAGUGAAGCCAAAGCAGCCGAGUUAGAGACUAAAAAGCGUCACGACGCAUUGCUCGAAUUUUUCAUCACUCACACGAAGGACUGUAAGAAUAAGAAUCCCAUGUUUAACCAGAGUGUACCACUUCUUCGGUCAAAUGAGCUGUCACCUCCAGGACAAACGCCGCCAGCGCUAAAUGCUCCAUUUUCAGGUUCAAACAAUGUGCUUGAGCUUGAACAAAAUCCGGAGAUCGUUCGAGGAAAGAAGAAAGACACGUCCAAUGUGGCUAAUUCGUCCAAAUCAACUAGUGUAAAUCGCAGAAAAAUGAAAGCUCAAAAGAUUAACGUUAUUGCGCAGGAAGAUGGCUCGUCUGCUGCAAAACGACGUAAAGGAUUGACCGAAUCGAGCACCGAUGACUACGAAAGAUACUGGCAGCGCUUUGGUGUGACACCACCGUCGUUAAAACCUUUCUUUCCGUUGAAUUCUUUUCCAUUGGGUUACACUGCCGCUGAUAUUCGAGAUAUUGACAACGUACGUACAGUGGGUAUUUUUGCAUAUGACGCAUUGAUACUCGGCGAUGGUCACGCGUUCGGUAUCGCAAAUUAUGUCCUUAAAGACAAACCAUUGAUCAAAGAUCAGCUUUCCGAAUCUUUGUACAGACGAGACCUCGGUAUCGUCGAACUGAUUGCGACUCUGAAUCGUUUUACAACGCUGCCUGCGAAGAUCAUUUUGUCCAUUGGUACUUGGGACGCGACCCAAAAUAUGCCAGCCUUGGAAUUUUUAAGCCGUCUUCUGGAUUUGUUAGAGAUAUUCAGCAAAUUUCAGGUCAGAGUUUUGUACCCUCUGCCUCUUAUUACUUAUUUGGAAACUGAUUUGUAUAGCCGGGUGAACAGAAGUAUGAUCGACGGCUAUUUGAACUUGACCUGGGGCAAGACCUUUGGUGGCCAGUAUAAAUUGUUAUCAGAGAUGGUAUCCAAUACUAUCAAUGAUCAGCGCCCAAGAAUAGAUGAUAAAGGUCCGAUGUAUGCACUGAACCAAUACGCGCCAUUAGUGGAAGCCAUUCGUGAUCGUUUCAUUCCUGUGGCAAUGAAUGACGUUACCAACCGAAGAUGAAGGAGAAGCUAUAAGGUUCCCUGAUCCAUUCCAAGCUGACAUCAGCCUUGGUGGGUGAAGCAGAAAGGGAAAAAAUUGUUUAUGCACCUAUGCAGCUGUUUUGCAAGCUGAAGUGAAGGCGAAGGGCGAAGGAUUAUAAGUAUUUCAACACAAGAUUAUAUCGAUUUCGAAUAUUCCAGCGUGAUUUUAAUCAAAGUUUCACGACCUACUUGGAUUUGUUUCGAUCGCGUAACAGCUUGCAUUUCAUUUUAUUAUUUUCGUUUUUCGUUUUACAUGUUUAUAGUUUUUACUUCAACUUAAUUGUACCUAUAAUUUUGUUUUGUAUUUUUAUAUAUUUUUUUCAUUCGUUUUAGUACCUACAAAUUAUGUAUUACCAAGUUUUUGACCGAAGUAUCCAUCUUGAUUUUUAUACUUUGGUGAUUCAUUGAAAUUGUUCUAUCAUGAGCGAUAUUAUGUUUGCGAUCUAUUUCUGUUUGUUUUUCGAUUCCUAUUGCAUUCUGACUCGAUGUAUUUAUGUCUGAAAUAUGAAAUUAUAUGUAGACAGUUUUGCAUAAGUAAA